AGCCCGGAGAGGUUUGAAUCCGCUCUGUGGCCCCAGUCGCCGCCAUGCUGAGCUGAGAGAGAGCGACAAACCAAACUUUGUCUCAACCCUCAUCUCCGCACGCACCAGGACGAAGAAGAAAACUUCCCACAACCUGUGCUGUGACCUUUGUCUGCCGGGCCUCUCGCUCAACCGUUUCAGCCGUGUGAAGGAAAGUGAAAAGAAGAUUUAAUGAAUCAGUAUUCGCUAGCCGAUGUCAUGACCGACAACUUGAGAAUUUUAUAAUUCUCUCCGGAGGAAGAACGUCGCAUCCUUUAAGGAUUCACAGAGGAAACUUCACCGUUCCGAAGUUAUCAGAGUCUAAUAUGGGCUUUGGCGUGCUGGGGGUGUUUCUGGGGCUGCUCCUGGAGGUUUCCACACAUGGGCCCCACGGUGUGCCUCGCACUUCCUGGAGACACCAAGAUUUAAAUCUUAUGGAGUUUUCAGAACCGGGCAUCUUCAACUACUCCACGUUACUGCUGAGUGAGGAAAGGGAUGCGCUGUAUGUGGGAGCAAGGGAGGCCAUCUUUGAGCUCAGCAAGAAGAAUGUGACAGUCAGAAACAAGAAGGUUCAGUGGAAAGUUACAGCCAACUCCAUGAAUAUGUGCACACUUAAAGGAAAAUCGAAAGAGAGGGAAUGCCUAAACUACAUUCGAGUGGUCCAAGCAGUAGAUGACACGCGGCUGUACGUCUGCGGCACACACGCCUUUCAACCUCAGUGUGAUUACCUGUACUUUGGCAACUUUUCACUUCAGGGUAAACCUGAAGACGGCAGAGGGAAGUGCUCCUUUGACCCCUCGCAAAGCUUUACUACUGUCAUGGUUGAUGGAGUGCUAUACUCAGGGACAGCUUAUAAUUUCUUAGGCAGUGAGCCGAUCAUUUCCAGAUACUCCCCAACCCAGUCUCUGCUGAGGACAGAGUACUCCACAUCAUGGCUUAAUGAGCCCAGUUUCGUUUUUGCCGACGUGAUCAGAGAAGGGGAAAACAGAGCAGAUGGCGAGGACGACAAAAUCUACUUUUUCUUCACUGAGGUGUCGGUGGAGUACGAAUUCUUUGGCAAGCUGCUCAUCCCCAGGGUGGCGCGCGUCUGUAAGGGUGACCUUGGAGGACAGCGCACUCUGCAGAAAAAAUGGACAUCCUUUCUGAAAGCCAAGCUGGUGUGCUCCAUGCCUGAGCUCAACUUCGUUUUCAACGUAGUUCAUGACGUCUUCACCCUGAAGGGGACAGACCAGAGAGACACUGUCAUCUACGGUGUCUUCACCUCUCAGUGGGGUAAUGUGGGUUUGUCAGCUGUGUGCGCCUACGACAUGAAGGCAGUGGAAGAGGUCUUCUCCAAGGGCAAGUACAUGCAGAAGGCCACAGUGGAGCAGUCACACACAAAGUGGGUGCGGUACAACGGCAUCACUCCUGCUCCACGUCCUGGAGCUUGCAUUAACAACCAGAUGCGACAGCAGAACAUCAACAACUCACUCCACUUGCCUGACAAAACCCUUCAGUUCGUUAAGGACCACCCCCUGCUGGAGGAUCCCGUCCUGCCUAUCGGCAACGGCCCCCGGCUCAUCACCAAAGAUGUCAAUUACACUCAGAUUGUCGUGGAGAGGGUCCAAGCGCUUGACAGAAACAUUUAUGAUGUCAUCUUCACUGGAACAGAUAAGGGUGUCCUACACAAAUCAGUGUUGUUUAGAGGACAAGUUCAUAUUGUAGAAGAGAUCCAGCUCCUGAAGAACUCUGAACCCAUCAAAAACCUUCUGCUGUCCUCCGAGACACAGUCCCUGUAUGCUGGUUCAGACUUGGGCGUAGUUCAGUCUCCUACAGCUUUCUGCGGCAGGUAUUCGUUGUGCGAAGACUGCAUCCUAGCGCGAGACCCCUACUGCGCCUGGCACCCUAGAACUGCCAGAUGUGUCAACAUCUUUGACCCUGCCAGCCAAACGCUCAGGGGGCUGAUCCAGAAUCUGACAGGUGAUGCAGAUGUCUGUCCUUCAGUGCCACUUCUGUCUCAGAAGGACUACAAGCGUGUGAUGGUGAAACCAGGUAGCUCUGCUGAGCUGCCGUGCCUGGUACAUUCCAACCUAGCCCAGGUGAUCUGGAAAUCCAACGGCUCAGUUCUCACAGAGGCAUCUCGCUUCCACCUCAUAGCCGAAUAUGGGCUCCUCAUUUACAGUGUGGCGCCAGAGGAUCAAGGUUACUAUGAGUGCUGGUCCGUGGAAUGGGCCUCUGCUGCUGGCAAGAACUUUAGCCGCCUCCUGGCUGGUUACACUCUGACUCUGGAUCUUCCACCCAGACCGCCGCACCAGGCGGGACAUGUCACCACCACCCUCGGCAGCCACGAGGCAUCUAGCACACAUGCAGCUGAAGGUAAAGUAGAGAUGGAGAGAGCCUCACUAACUUCAGCCCUUGCCCCUCCCAGCUUCACAGAGACAGUCCUCCUCCCUUCCUCUCCCCAAACUGACUUACCACUAACCCCACCCCCAAGCAGCACAAUCAAGUUUCAGCCAAAGCCAAAUCUUCUUCCUACUAAUUCCAGAGUCCCCCAUCCAGACAGUCGGGACCCAUCAGCGGAGUAUUUGCAGCACAACAACACUGCUGCCCUCCUCUUCCUCUUUCUCCUGUUUUUCCUUCUCUUCAUGGCUGCGUUGGUGUACAACUGCUACAUGCAGUACCUUCCAGCUCCCUGCUUGAGGCUACGGGCCACUCUGCUGGGCAGCCCCAAGAGCGCCCAUCAGCCCGAGUACAGGGCCUGCGAAGCAGGUUUAAUAGAAACAUCUGCAAUCGAUAAAAUUAACAUGACUGAGCAACUGACCAAGAACGGCAGCCAAACGACUCAAAACCUCCGGGCACUCCGCGACACCGGGUACGAGACCGAGCCGGAGUGCGGGAACGGUCGCAUCCCUUCUCUCAGCUUUGGAGAUGACAGCCCCUCCAAGGAGAAACCUUUUGAUGUGGACUGUGGAUCUCAGGACAUUCAGUAUGCAGAUGCAGAUCCAGAUCCUUAACGCUGGCCAGAAGAGACUAAUUCUUCUUCGUUUCUGCUUUUGUUUCUCUUAGCAUAGAGAGUGCAGGGGGCCGCGAUUUUUCUGCAUUUGCACAGUUUUUGGCUGGUACAUUCGUGAAGCGUAAUCAUUACAAGGCUCAAGUUGGGCAUCCCGCUUGGUUGUAGCGUUUAAACCCCCGCUGUGUGAUUUAGGAUUAAUGAUGAUCAAGCAAAAACUGUAUUCAAGGAAGCUGCACCCCUUCAGCUUAGUCCAGCGAGAAAAGCUAUUUCUUUACAUUCCAAAUUGGAAACAUUGUUUACCAAAUUGGUAAGUUACUGUGAUGCUUUCCAAAGUGCAGCCACGUUUCUGUACAGCCUGAGUGGGGGGAGGAAAAAAAAUUGAAGCAUUUGCGUCGUCUUCUUCUUCUUCUUUUUUUUUUUUUAACAGUGUAUACUUUAUUAGACUGUUAAUGCUUCAGUAUUACAUUAAUUUCUCAGGGACGAUUUUCUCAAUAUAUUGUAGCCUGGGUUAGCACAGUGUCACCACCUGCAGCACCUGGUAUGUGGGCCUUAAUCUCUCCCAGUGAGCUGACAAUGACAGAAAAACAAGAGGAAGACUUGCUUUUUUGGAGAAAUGCUGGAAUAAAUCACAAUAUUGUCUGUACCACUGUAGAGGUUUCCUGCGUGCAGACUCGUGUUUUUAUUUUUUUUAUUUUUUUUUUUUUCCUUCCUGUGAAAUCAACAUUCCCACAUGGAUACAGCUCUGGUCGUCCUGUGUAGUAACCCUUAUCGGAGAGCUCCACUUAUGUGGUUUGUUAAUAAUGUAAAAAUGUACAGUGUGACGUGAUAAACAGCCCUGGAAAAAGGGGCCACAUCUGAGGGGUUUUUGUUUUUUAUUGUAAUUUUAUAAAGUCUUCAGUCUUAGAACAUUUUCAGAUAACUAUUAUUUAUAAAGGGUCA